GUAACCAACCUCUUCAGAGAGCCAAAGAAGAGGCUGAUGGUCGCGUAGCGCACAGGGAGAAAAAGAACCAAAAUUUAUUGUUUCAAAAAGUUGUGAUCCUUUGUGCCACCAAAUUGACCAUGUGCAUUGCAGCGUUUCUAUGGCGAGCUCACCCACUGUUCCCAUUCAUUCUCUUGCUUAACAGGGACGAGUAUCACAGUCGGCCUACAAGGCCAUUGGGAUGGUGGGAAGGUGAUGAAAUUUUGGGGGGCAGAGAUGAAGUGGCAGGUGGGACAUGGUUGGCUUGUAGCAGGGGUGGACGGGUGGCUUUCCUCACAAAUGUCAGGGAAGUUCAGUCGCUCCCAGAGCCCAAGAGUAGAGGGGACCUCCCAGUUCGGUUCUUGCAGAGCAAGAAGAGACCCAUGGAGUUUGCAGAAGAAGUGGCGGCGGAGGCAGAUCAGUAUAAUGGGUUUAACCUGAUAUUAGCUGAUCUUUGUUCCAAAACCAUGGUUUAUGUAACCAAUAGAGCAAAAGAAGGUAACAACCUUGUUACCGAAGUGGAAUCUGGGAUUCAUGUGUUAACAAAUGCAAGGCUAGACUCUCCAUGGCCAAAGGCUCAACGACUGGGCGAUAGUUUCAAAGAGCUAUUGGAUAAACAUGGUGAAAAUGAACUACCCAUGAAAGAGAUGGUUGAAAAGCUAAUGAUGGACACAGUUAAAGACGAUGAAAGCAUGCUACCUCACAUUUUUCCUCCAGAACGGGAGUACCACACAAGUUCCAUAUUUGUUGACACAGACACUGCUAUUGGACGUUAUGGCACUAGAAGCACUUCUGCAGUGUUUGUGAAAACAACUGGUGGAGUACAGUUUUAUGAGAGGCAUCUGGAGAAUGAAGUGUGGAAAGAAGAGACUGUAACUUACCAGAUAGAAGAGGCGAAGUGAUUGGUGAGAAUAUGGCUAGUCCUAUAAAAUCUCUUCGAUUAACUGAUCAGGCUACGUUUGUCAAUGUGUUGGAGAAGACGCAUUUUGUUUUUUUUUUUUUGUUUCGAAAAAAAUGUUCUGAUAUAUAUGAAAUAAAAAUAAAAAUAAUUUUGAGGAAUUUGUGUUUUA